UUCAGUGUGACGUAAUACAAAGAAAAAGUUCAGCUGAUACCGCUUAGAACUGAUAAACUUUGUGCAGUAUAUAAAUCACAGCAUUGAUGGAUAUGGCAUCCAGUUCCUCCGAGAUUCAGCGACGUAAAUUUCAGCAAACCCAAAAUGAAAUUCGCAUUGGUAGCUUUAACCGUCCUGGCAGUUGUCAGCUCCGUGCACCCCUACAAGAUUCCAGCUUCAGGCUCAGGUGAGCUCGUCAAAGAGCUGCAAGAUUACCUGGAUGUAAUUCCUAUGUCAGAAGUUGUUGACAUUGUUAAAGCAUACCUUAUCCAAGACAAAGAAAUGCAGGCUAUGAUGAGGAUCGCAUUAUCAGCUGAUUCAGUGGCAUUCAUCAAGGAAAUUGAAGAGAUGCCCGAAAUCUGGCAGCUGGCAAACUAUAUACAGAGCGCUGGUAUCGAUAUCUAUCUUUGCAUAACCAAACUGAAUAGAUCGCUGAAGUUGAACCCCUUCACACCUUCCUCCACCUAUCGCGAGAUCAGCGGUGGUAUUAAGGGCCUUCAGGAUGAUCUACGCAAAGUAUUGCCAGAAGAAAAGUUACAGGCGCUGUCCGAAGAGAAAUGGAACAACUCCCGGUUAUUAAUGGACCUUUUCGAUGAAGUAAUCUCAGACAAGUACAGACGAAUGUACGAAAGAAUCGCCGCCAGCAGCAACCUGAAGAAGCUGUAUUUGGCAUCUCAGAAAGCUGGUAUCACACUAGAUGAUUUCGACUUUGGAUACAUUAUGAGCCUCACUGUCCACGUCGUUCAUUACAGCCCCCUCUAAACGCUGAAAAUAUUCUAUGGAAUUGUUGUUAUUGCAGUUCAAAUAUAAAUCAUAUACAAGGUGUAGAAUCAAGUACGCCGAGUCAUUUCGAAAAGUAUCAGUGAUACGAACAAAUGUGUCAAACAAAAGUUAACCAUAUUUUGUAUUCCAUAUUUUUGAAGCCGACAUUCAAACAUUUCCGAACCAUAGACAUACAAUUUUUCUUGUAAGCCGUUAUCAAAAUAUCAGCUUCCAAAGUUUCCGGUUCGUCAAUAGCGGUUAUGGCCCACGAACAGUCUAACUUUCAACUUGAUGACAGAAGGGCAAGGGGAUGCUCGGUUGAGCAACCGUGAUACCUCAGUUUCGACAAAUUUCCGUAAUAACUCAACCUUGAAAUGCGUUGGAGCGAGUGAAACGCCUAUAGAAUGCAUGGUAGCAACUGCGAUGACUGUGUUCUCAGCUGUGAGUCCACGUUUCUAUCGACAAAUGAUGUCAUUCACAUUUUCAAACGGAAACUCAUCAUGCAACAAACAAGAACCGCGAAUAUUGCGUUCUUUUACUCUCCUACGACAGUCGCACUGUCCAUCGGUCACCAUCACUAUCAAUAAACCAACAACUUUGGAUGCUAAUAUCUUGACAACGGUUAACGCGAAAAAUUUCAUGUCUUUAAUUUGGAAACGUCUGUAAUAGAAACGAAUGAACUAAAACUACCGGAUAGAAUAUAUCUGUAUACAAAAGACGCGAAUUCAGGAUUAUACUUAAAGACUACGUCGGGAAUGUCUCUUUCAAAAGGUGUGGAACGUACGACUGUUCGAUUCAAAAUUAGGGCUCUUAAUAAAUGUGAUCCUCGAUCCGAUGCCGGCUCGUGUUACGUGCUUCUAACUCAUACAUAGUGUGACAUAGCUACCAUCAUUUGUAAAACACUAUAAGAAUGGGCCCAGGGCCCAAAAUACAGUAGUUGCAUUCCGUCACGCUAAGAAAAAACGUGUCUAUUUCUUUCUCCCUCUUUUACGCCGGCUAUGGCCCGUACCAGUUUGGAAGUAAAGUAAUUCACGAAGAAAAUACCGUAACACUUGAAGCGGCAGUAUUCUUAUCACCUUCAAGAGCUGCGACGCACUUUUCCGUUGACCGGAUAUUGAGUUGAUCCUUCGGCGUCAAGUUACAUCCACGUCGCCCACCCAGGCUACGUGCAUUUCAUUGGGUGACAUUGUCACGUAGGCAAAAUUUCCUUACGCGUCUUCAAAAUAUGGGGUUCUAUUUAAGAAUUGUGACGUGACCUUUGCAGGACGUUACAAGGUCACCUCACGAUAAAAUACCUCCCACCGUGACAUACAGUAUUUCAUGCAUACAUUUUUUUUUAAAUUAAACCUAUUUUUAUCUCGGAAACUAUUUAAGUUUUGUACCUAUGUUCACUGAGGUUUUUUUAUUCAGUUUAGUAAGUUGUACGCGCCCUAUCAUUUGUGCGCAACAAUCUGGUUGCACCCUGUAUGUCUCAACUUGCAUUGUAAAACCUAGAAAUCGCCGCUUGCCUCGCCACGUGUUUCAGCAUAUGUGGGGCUUUUAACCCUUUGCACUCCGAGUUCAUUUCACAUUUACUUUUUCAUAAUUUUGUAUUACUUUCUGUGUUGUCACACUUUUGAAUAAAUCUACUGUUGAGUCAUGUUCGACAUAGCAGCGCAAAAGGUUAAGGGUAGACUGAUGGUAGUCUGAAAGAAGGCGGGUAGAGAGUUCUAUGCGAAAGUCUGUCGCAAACGAUCUAGUGAACAAUGUACAUUUUUGUUAUUAAUUGCUUAACUGAAUAAACUAUUCUCUAUAUUUUGUUAAA